UCGGCGCUUCUUUUUUUCCCCGUUCAAAGCAAAACGCCAACUGAAAUGCGCUGGCAUUUUACGCUUUUUUAACUAGUUUGUUUAUGUGAAAAAGUUAUAAACUUAAGAAGUUUGUCAUGCCACCCAAGCUGGAACCAAUAAGUGUGCGCACGGCGCGCCUGAAUAACCUGAUUCUGGGAAAAGGAGUUGGCGUCUGUGCAAAGCCCGCUGGAAAUGCAUCCGGACCGCAAGGAUCCGCAUCUGCUAGAAGGAGUUCGAUUCCUGUGAGCACCACCAGUGCCGCCGUGGCGGAGGCCAUCUGCCGCGAGGGACUCUUAGACGCCUUCUGCCUGCUGUACAAUGAGUGCGACAAGGACACGCUCAAGAAGCGCGAUCGCAACAUCGCCGAGUUUGUCAACAAAUUUCGACCCAUUGUGGAAGAGACCCGAAAACUCCGGGUGAACGCGGAUGAUUUCGUCAUCAAGACGCUUAUUGGUCAGGGAUACUUUGGAAAUGUGCAUCUGGUGGUCGAGCGGCAAACCAAUGACAUAUACGCCAUGAAGAAGAUCAAAAAGUCCGUGGUGACCACCUCGCAAGUGAAGGAGGAGCGAGAUAUAAUGUCCACCCGCCACUCCGAGUGGCUGAUCAAUCUGCAGUAUGCUUUUCAGGACAACGAUAACCUAUAUUUGGUUAUGGAAUACAUGCCUGGCGGGGAUCUUCUUAGUUUAAUGUCUCGUCAUGGACCUUUUGAUGAGGACUUGGCCCGCUUUUACCUGGCCGAACUUACAGUGGCCCUGCACACUUUGCACCAAAUGGGUUAUGUGCAUCGGGAUAUUAAGCCAGAAAAUAUACUGAUCGAUCGUUUCGGGCACAUUAAACUGGCUGAUUUUGGCAAUGCCGCCGCCCUGAAUCGGGAUGGACAUGUGCUGAGUUUGUCGCCUGUGGGAACUCCGGAUUAUAUAGCUCCAGAACUACUUCAGACAAUAUCCACCUACAAGUUGUCCAAGUCGAUGCAUGAUGUGAGUAAAACUGUCAGCUGCGAUUACUGGUCUAUGGGCAUCAUCGGCUAUGAACUGAUAUGCGAGACCACGCCCUUUCACGAGGAUAAUGUACAUGAGACCUACUCAAAGAUUCUCUCACACUGCGAAGAGAGUCACCUAAAAGAGCUGAUCAGUUUUCCCAGCGACCUGAAGGUAUCGAUAAACUACAGGAAUCUGAUUGAAUCACUGGUCACAAAUCCCUCAAAGCGAUUGUCCUACGAACGUAUUAAAAAGCACCCCUUCUUCGACGAUGUGCCGUGGAGUUCCAUUCGCUCCCAGGUGCCUCCGAUAAUACCAACAAUAAAGUCCGACGACGACACCUCGAAUUUCGAAGAUGGAACGCGCCACAAGACUCGCAGAGAACAGGGAAUUGCUAAGAAAUCAAUCACGACCAACAUGAAAUCAAAUGAUUUUAGUGGCAAGGAUUUGCCAUUUAUUGGCUACAGUUUUGUGCAUAUGGAAAAGUCGUUGAUUUCCGCAAGUGCUGAUGAAAAAUUGCAAGAGAAACUCAAAGAUCUACUGCAGAAAUUAAAAGCUAGAGAGAAUGAGAUUUCCAUGCUCAAACAAGAUCUUUUGCGAGCACAACAAUCUCUUAAAAAGACCGAUAACAAAUCUCAGGUCGUAGCAGAUGCCAAAAUGGAAAUAAAAAAGCUGCAGCAAAUUAUAAAGGAGAAAACAAUGGAGCUGACAACCUGUAAAACGCAAAUCAAAACCCUACAGAGUUCGGCCAAAAUCGACGAGGAAAUGUGGUCCAAAAAGGAAGCUACUAUAACAGAUCUACUUCGCUUGAAUCGGCAAAAAUAUGAGGAAGCCAAGAUCGCUUCGGAGCAACGAUAUGAGAAGCAAUUGGCUGACAAAAAACAAGAGCUGGCAUCCACGCUGCAAAAGUUAGAUGCCCGAGAGCUCGAAUUUAAUGCCAAAUUCGAAGAGUGCAAACAUAUUUCCAUGAAAUUGCAAAACUACAAGGAUAUGUUGCAGCAGCUGAAGGAGCAAAAUCUUAAAUCGGAGACCAACCACGAGGAGCAAAAGCGCAAAAUAACUGAAUCGUAUGAGCAAAAGCUGGCAGAUCUUCGGAAGAAGGUGCGUGAUUCCCAGGACACUCACCGCCGAAUGACAAUGGAGAUUAAGGAAAUCCGAACCGAACUAGACGAGUCCAUCUGCUCCACUAAGUCAACCCAGGAAGCAAAGAUCGCAACGGAGCGAAACAUCGAGGAAAUAUUAAAGCGACUGAACCAGGAGAUUGCCUCCAAUAAUGAGCUUCAUGCGGAAAAGGUGAAGCUGGAGACGAAGAUCCAGCUAAAGGAAAACGAGUGUCAAGAAGUCAGGGCAGAAUGCCAACGACUGGAGAGGGAACUUCAGCUUUCCGAAUGUCGCCACGAAUUGGCUGAAUCCUCGCUAGCUUCACAUACUUCUCCUUACGAGACUGCACCUGGAUCUUUGACCGAACUGAACGCCGUCGAAGACCAACUGCGUGCCGAUUUGUUAGCCGCCAAGGAGGGUGAAACGCAUCAGAAGGGACGAGCCGAUCAACUCCAGACGCUGGUUACUAAACUCGAGCAAAUGCUGGAGCGGUUCAACGAGCAAAGUCUCUCGCCUACGAAAUCCCACUCUUCUCGAAAGCAAGACACCGAAACUGUGGGUGACAUGCUUGAACGCCAGAACGAAAAACUGGAGGAUAAAUUGGCGGCAGUGCGGGAACAGAUGAUUGUGGAGCGCCAAGCGGCGCGUACGGCAAAUCUUUCGCUGUGGAAGGUGGAGAAACAGCUUGAGGAAGCUCUGUCCGAAAAGAAACAACUGGCCAGACGGAUGGAGCUAACCGAGGACCGCAUUAAAAAGGCACAAAGCACAAAUGAGGAAUCGCAGAGAAUGCUGAAGUCUUCGCAGGAGGAGACUCGUCAGCGAGAAUCCCGCAUCGAAGAGCUGAAACAGGAACUUGCCGCUGCCAAACGGGAUGUUCUAAAGGAGCAUCGUCAAUGGGAAAAGGCCGAGCAGGAGCGCAUGAAGUGCAAAUCUGAGAUAAUUGAGCACUUGGCUAAUGUGCAUAAACUAGAACAGCAGGAGAGCGAAUUGCGUCAGAAACUUAAGCAAAUCCAAACCCGCUUCGAUGGUUUAACUUUGGAGCACAAGAACAACAUGCGCGAGCUACAAGAAGAGCGGGAAAGAUGCAGAAAGGCCAAUGAUUCCAGUCUGUCAUUGCAAAAGGAACUGAAGCAACUCACUGAGAACUUCCAGAGGUUGAAGUACGCUUGCAGCAUCACCGACAGCCAGUUAACCGAGGUGGAAACCAUGCUGAAAUCCGAACAGGACCGAAAUAAAUCCCAGAAAUCUCAACUGGAUACCGUUCAUGGAAAGUUGAGAGAACGAAAUGAUCAAUUAACCGAACUGCGAAAGGAACUUUCUGCUGUUGAAUCCGAAAAGCGUCUAGCGGAACAACGUGCCCAAGUUCUGGCAUCAGAGAUCGAGGAACUUCGCUUAAAUCUCAAGGAGCAGCAAAAGAAGCUGGUCGCGCAGCAGGAUCAGCUGGUGGAGCAGACAAACGUGCUGUUUGCCACCCAAGAGCGAGCGGAUCUACUCGACGGUCAAAAUGCCAAUUACGAAGCCCAAAACGCGGAUACCGAUCGGGAAAUGCUCAGUCUGAAGGAGGAAAAUGCCCGAAUUCUGAGCGAGCUUUUCCACAAGAAGGAGGAAGUGGGCAAUCUGCAGGCGGAGGUGAGGAAUCUAGAAUCGGUCCAGGCUGAUUUGCACGCGGAGAUCGAUUCUCUUCAGGACACUUUGGCCGAGAAAGAGCAGUUCUACGUGCAGCGCGAUAUUAAGUCGAAUGCCACUCUUGCCCAGCACAAGAAGCUAAUUGACUACCUUCAGCUGAAAGUUGAGGACCUGUCCUCCAAAAAGAAGAAAACCCUGGCUGAUAAACUCUUUGGCUCAAGCCACACCAACAAGGAGAACAUCUCAUCCAACGAUGUGGAAUCAUCUAUUCUUUAUCGUGCUUUAAAGGAGGAACUAAAGCGGGAGAAAAAGCUUUGUAGCAUGCUGAAGGAGCAGGUGGCUCAGUUGAAUGGAACUGCAACCCUGCGCUCACCUCGCAAGACAGCAAUUUCCAAUGAAGCUUCCGACGCUCCUAAACAAAGACCUGUGAGCAUCGCCGCCUUGCCACGUUCUCCACAGAAGCAGCAGUUACCUUUAAAGCGAACCACUAGCCAAGUGGAACUAAAGACUAAGGAGAAGACGACCGAAGCAACCAGUGCAGAGCAGUCACAUCAUCGCUUCGAGUUGGCUCUGCAAGAGUCGAAAAUAGAUGCACCAAACUGUGUAGUUUGUAGUCAGGUUAUUGUGGCCGGUUCACCCUUUUGGCGCUGUAAGGAGUGCAAGGAUGCGACGCAUCGCAAGUGCAGGGCUAAUGUUCAAGCUGAUUGCGGAACCAAACCAACUGCACCACCAGCAGAUGAUCUAAGCAGUAUGGCUUCUGUAUCGAGCUUAAAUUUAAACAGCGUCGAUGGUUCAUCAGGCAACAGCGAGUACAUAGGAUCGCUGAUCUACAGUUCCGAUGGUCCAGACGAUCAGGCGGCUAAAAAGGAGAUAGAAGUAAAUUGCGCCUUCGAGGUGGCUGAGCAGCAAAUUCUUCUCUUGGGCUGCAACACCGGAUUGUAUGCCUAUCAUCUGGACUCCCAGCGACUGGUGCACAUUUCUGGCAUAGAGUCCGUGAGCUGCAUGUCCAUCUGCAAGCGUCUGGCGAAGGCCAUUAUGGUGGAAACGGUGGGCGAGAAGCUGUACCAGUGCGACUACCGGCAGUUGGAGUCACGUUGCCAGAGCUCAAAUCCCUGUCACAAACCGGUGCUGGAAACUUCUGCCAUUGAACUGCCCAUCGCCAAUCGCACGUCCUCCGAGAAAUGGAAGCUCGUUUUGAUCUCUGACGAGGCGGAGAACGCUUUGGAUUCGGUGGCCAUUGCUGCGACUUCUACCAGGAUUGUCAUCUUGAAAUACGACCUAAAGAUGCACAUGUUUAAGCCAGUUCGUGCUCUGGAUACUGCCACUCCAGUCACAUCUAUAUUCUUUACGCGUCAUUCAGCUAUCGUCAGUUCGGAUAAGUUUUACGAGAUCGAUUUGGAUAACUAUGCAGCUGAGGAGUUUGUGGAUCUAUCAGACAAAUCGAUGGAGAGCACAGCCAAGUGUCAACCACUUACGGCAGUAAGGAUUUCGCGGCAGGAAUACCUGCUCUGCUUUGCCGAAUGUGGAGUCUUUGUGGAUGAGUUUGGCUGCAGAUCCAGGCCCUACGAUUUGAAUUGGGUCUAUGCACCCACCGGUUUUGUUUACCGCGAACCAUUCUUAUUUAUUGCCCACUACCAAAGCGUGCAGAUUGUCCGUUUGCAUCGGUCUUUCAGCAAGGAACUGGCCAACGGUGACAACGGAUCGGAGAACUCCGAAUCGCCGGAGCUGCAACGUGUCUACUUGCCACACUAUAUGUCCACUCUGUUGGCAAACAGUGGAGAUGUCAACCUGUAUGCCGUGGCCAUUGACCAGAGGCCCUGUAAUGGAACGCAGAAGAUCUAUCACUUGGACACGAUGCAGGCCUUCAAGCAGAAGUUCAAUAUAUCCAUGGAGACCAUAUCUUCGGUGGCCACUUCUGUGACUCUGGGUUCAACAAUGACCGGUGAUAGUUUAUAAUUAAAACACGUAUUUCAACGAAGGAUAUUUUUAAGCAAGAAAAACAUAACGUAUUACUACAAUCUCAGCAGUAAUGAAGAGUAAGAUAAAUAAACCUACAUAACAUUAAGACUAUAAAAAUAUUUAAACAGUUUUAUUUUUUAACCAUCUUGGUUUUUUAAAGAAAUCUCACUAAGCAUUUGGCAAACGAAAAUGUAAUACAAAUUACUGAAAAUAUACUUUUUGUGCUGU